UCCUGAAGUGCUGCAGCGAGGGAGGACUGCAUCGAAAAAAACUCUGUGUCGUGCGCUGACAAUUACCUCUGAUCCUCUUCUAUAGUUUGCAAAAAAAACAAAAAAAAAAAAAACCCACAAGAACAUUUUUGUUUGCUCCAUAAAGCCAAAGCGGAGUCAGAUGCAAUGGGCAACUAUCAGCCCAGUUCACUCUUCUCGCCAUAAAUGACGCCUGGCCAAUGAUUGCCACAACCUUUGUGGGUUAUCUCCUGUGGUGACUGCAGACUCAAGAGUUUUCUUCCCCGCUGCAUCUGGACACCCACUGAUUUCACCAUUCCUGCAAUUCUCCCGCCAGCGCACACUCAACCCUCUUGCCCCUCUUCCCUCUUCCUUCUGCUUGUACAGUAAGUAUCCUCUUAACCCCUGUGAAGACCUACUGGUGGAGCCAGAAUGGAGGACACUUACAAUAACAGGACUUCCCUGGCUAAGGGGGCCAAGGACAUGGUCAAGGAAGCCAAGCGGCAUGCGGCAAAGAAAGUCAACAAGGCGGUGGACCGCGCUGCAGACGGGUACUCAUCCCACCACAACUACAGCCGAUUCCAGGAUGAGGAGGAGGAAGAUGAGGAUUUCUACCGGAACCCGCCGAGGCAGGAUGGAGAGGGCUACCAUGACAACGAGGAGGGCUCCAGUGAUGCAACAGAGGGCCAUGAUGAUGAGGAUGAGAUCUACGAGGGCGAGUACCAGGGGAUCCCCUCAGCAGGAGAUAAGAAGCAAAAGGAGGGCCAGGUGGCACUGGGGCAACCGGUGUCAGAUGCUGCAAGGGACCGUAAGGGGCUGGAGCAGGAGAGACAGGCUGACGAGGAGGAGCUGGCCCAGCAGUACGAGCUGAUCAUCCAGGAGUGUGGCCAUGGGAGGUUCCAGUGGCAGCUGUUCCUGGUGCUCGGCCUGGCACUCAUGUCGGAUGGGGUGGAAGUUUUCGUGGUGGGCUUUGUGCUGCCCAGCGCAGAGACAGACAUGUGUGUGCCCAACUCCAGCUCAGGAUGGCUCGGCAGUAUUGUUUACUUGGGGAUGAUGGUUGGAGCGUUCUUCUGGGGAGGGAUGUCUGACAAAGUGGGCCGCAGACAGUGCCUCCUCAUUUGCAUGUCCACCAAUGGUUUCUUCGCCUUCCUUUCGUCUUUUGUCCAGGGAUACGGUCUCUUCCUCCUGUGCCGUCUCAUCGCAGGCUUCGGGAUAGGAGGCGCUGUGCCCAUCGUGUUCUCCUUCUUUGCGGAGGUGUUGUCCAGAGAGAAAAGAGGAGAACACCUCAGCUGGUUAUGCAUGUUCUGGAUGAUUGGAGAAAUCUAUGCAUCUGCCAUGGCCUGGGCCAUCAUACCACACUAUGGUUGGAGUUUCAGUAUGGGCUCAGCAUACCAGUUUCACAGCUGGAGGGUGUUUGUGGUUGUCUGUGCCCUGCCCUGUGUGUGUGCUGUGGUGGCACUUACCUUCAUGCCUGAGAGUCCCAGGUUCUACCUUGAGGUGGGGAAGCAUGAUGAAGCCUGGAUGAUCCUCAAACAGAUCCAUGACACCAACAUGAGAGCGCGUGGGCAACCGGAGAAAGUCUUCACUGUAAACAGGAUCAAGAUCCCCAAACAGCUGGAUGAAUUGGUGGAAAUGAAUACAGAGUCUGGCAACCCAGUUUCCAAGUUCUUCUUUAGGAUAAAGGCUGAAAUACAUGGGAUCUACGUGAAUCUCAUGAAGUCCUUCAACUACCCCAUGCGAGAGAACAUGAUGCGACUUGCCAUAGUGUGGUUCACGCUGUCGUUCGGGUAUUAUGGUCUGUCAGUCUGGUUCCCCGAUGUCAUCAAACACCUUCAGGCAGAUGAAUAUGCCUCCAAAGUGAAGCUACACAACAACGAACGCAUUGAAGACUUCACUUUCAACUUCACCCUGGAGAACCAGAUACACAAAAAUGGCCUCUUCAUCAACGACAGAUUCAUCAGUAUGAAGCUGAAAUCCGUCACCUUCAUCGACUCUACCUUUCGUAACUGCUACUUUGACGAUGUGACAUCGGUGGGCUCCUUCUUCCGUAACUGUACUUUCAUUGAUGCUUUCUUCUUCAACACAGACAUCGAUGACUCCAAGUUGAUAGAUGGCACAGAGGUGGUCAACAGCACGUUCACUCACAACAAGACAGGGUGCCAGAUGACGUUUGACGAUGACUACAGCGCCUACUGGGUUUACUUCAUCAACUUCCUGGGGACUCUGGCUGUUCUGCCCGGCAACAUCGUGUCCGCCCUUCUCAUGGACAAAAUCGGGCGUCUGUCCAUGUUAGGUGGCUCCAUGGUCCUUUCAGGCAUAAGCUGUUUCUUCUUGUGGUUCGGCACCAGUGAGUCCAUGAUGAUUUUCAUGUUGUGCCUUUACAACGGUCUGAGCAUCUCUGCCUGGAACUCCCUGGAUGUGGUCACGACUGAGUCAUUUCCUACUGUCAGGAGAGGAACAGGCUUUGGGUUCUGCAACGCUCUGUGUAAGAUGGCUGCAGUCUUGGGGAACCUGAUCUUUGGUUCGCUCGUCGGCAUCACAAAGGCCAUCCCCAUCCUCAUGGCCUCGUCUGUGCUCGUCGGGGGAGGCCUGGUUGCACUCCGUUUGCCCGACACCAGGGCGAAUGUCCUCAUGUAACACCAGCCUGGCGUUCAUCAGCUGGGAUAAAACCUGGAUAAAUCCUGGGUGAAUCCGAGAGGAAGCCCGGGAAGUGUUGAGCAAGGAGUGCAAACGGCUUGGUUCAAACAUAUCUUAACACUUUCAAUCACAUUUUGCUAACAUACCUUAGAUAAAGCUGGAUAGCAACCCACACAUGGUGUGUUUUACUUUCAUCACACAGAUCCAAACCACUAGAUUCAUCGUUAGUCAACAGCUCAGCCUUUUUGUGAAUGUAUUGUCUGGAGAUUUCACAUGACUGAGCUGAGAGUUUGCACUGGUUUUGGUACUGAGACUUUGGUAGAGUUUUGUUCAGUGACUGAUCGCUCCCUCCAGCUGCAGUCAUAACCUUGUGUAGAAUCACUGCAUGGUUAAAAAACAAGGCUUUUAAUAUUGAUACAGUCUUAUUAAGACGAGCCAGAUGGGGAGAAAAGUGAAAAACAAGCUGUAAUGAGCACAGCCAACCUUCUGUGUGACAACGCAGGGAAUAGAUGAUCAGACAGAGCGGACACACGACACAGCUGUAUGACAGCUGGCUUGUCCACAAGACUCAUGUACACAGGCCAUGUUGUAGACAGCAUGCAGAAAGUGUACACAAACACAUAAAAAGCCACACAUAGAUACGCUUCAUGUGCAAACACAUGUCCUAAAAUAGACACUUUCUACAUUUGCACCAUACUGAACACACAAUGCUGUUCUUUGCUCAACAUGACAUUUGCUCAGACAUCUGCAACCUUUUCAAAAUAGAUAACUCAUGUAUGACGCCAAGCCCUUUGUAUUACCUACCCAACCAAGAAUCAAAAAGGCCAUAUUGAAACACUGUACCAAUAACUGUAUGGUAUGCUGAAUCUGAGGCUGCUAAUUUGAGUUUCUGCUUAUGCUUUGUGUUAUUGUCAAAGUUGGAAUGAUGGAUUAUUCGUGUCAUCCAAAUGUUGUUCAAUCAGGUCCCCAUCCACGUGUUGUGUUAUUGUACAAAGGAUCUCCGAUGAGUUCUCCUCCUGAUUUAGCUUUGUGUCGGAUCUCGCUCGUGGCAGUGACGUAGAUAAUGACAUGUCAUGCUGCUUCCUUUUAAAAAUACUGAAUGGCCUUUUUUAAAUGUGCCUCUCCUUAACUGGAGCAGUCUGCCCAUAGUCGUGUGGUGUCUAAAGGUUAUAAGGAACAGACUUAAACUGGAUAGGAAGUUAAAAGAUAAAAUAAUCAUGCCAUUUGUGUGUGUGUAUGAGUGUGUGUGUAUAUAUAUAUAUAUAUAUAUAUAUAUAUAUAUAUAUAUAUAUAUGGGAUAUGUGGCCAAUACAGUAUUUUACUAGGGUGUGAAUUCAUUUUUGAACUAAACCCUUUUUAUUUUUAUUCUAUUUUAUUUUUUAAUAAAGCUUUUAUUUUGGUGCGAUAAGCCUAAUCUCCUCUUCCAAUAUGAAUCAUAUGAUCAAAUGGUGUGAAUACGAAGUAAUAAUGUACAUAACAACCUCUUUAUGAGGAAUAAUUGGUGCCACACAUGAUGAAAAUGUCUCCUACGGAAAAAGUUUUGACCUUUCUUUCUUCUUAAAAAAAAAAUUAUUUUGGAGAACUUCAUAACUGAAUGAUAAAUUUGAGCUUUGUCAUUUUCAUUUCUUUGACUUACCAUUUUUUUUCCUAUUAUCUAAUUUUGCCAUAAUCCCACACUUGAAAUCCAGACCUACCUUGUACAAGUUAUUAUGUAUCUUGUCUUUCAACAUUGGAACCUCAACAUCUUCUGCUAAACAUAAUGAUAAUAAGACCAUGUUACUAUUUUCGAAGUGUUAAAAUGAAGUGAUACUGACAAUGUAUAUAUAUAUAUAUAUAUAUAUAUAUAUAUAUGUAUGUACACACAGUUCAGUUGCUCUCAGUCCUAUUUCUUUUUGUCUCCGUGGAUCGUACAGUCCUCCUGCUUUUCUCUGUAUUUGUGGUAUCUGUGAUUGCAGCGUAGAGGUAGUUUGCCCUUGCACUGCGCUUGGCUCUGUCAAGACUACUUAGCAGCAACAACAACAACAACAUCAACAACAACAAUAGGGUUCCAAAGUUGAAUUGUACAUGUGCAUCCAUUUCCAUGGACCCAACUAUUUCAGCUGGAAAUAUACAUCAUGAAGUGUGCUGCUAUUGUGCAACAGAUAUUUUUUGACAUCAUAGUUUAAAUAUUUUUGAAACAAAAGUAUAGCAUACAGAUUCUAAAUAAAUGCACUGAUAUAAAAAGAGGUGUCAAUCCAAUGCUACAUCAGUGGCAAGAAUAACAGGGGGAUUGAUCUGUAUGUUUCUAGAUGAGUUAAAACCUUCAUGAGCUGCAGACUGGGAGAAAUUAUAUCACCCGUUAUGUGUGAGGUAAUUGGGGUGUUGCUUAUAUGUACUGUAUUUUUGUGUGUGCGCGCCCGUGUGUGUAUAUGAGAGAGUACUGUGUGUGUGUGUGUGUGUGUGUGUGUGUUGGACUGUGUGUGGAUGCAUGAGUGUAAAUAAUGUAAAUAUCAAAGCUGAUAUUGGUGAACUUCUGGGUUAUAUGUGUAAAAGCUCCUUGAUGGACUCAUGUGUCUCCUGCUUUGUCCAAGCGAUAGGUCCAUCUGCCUGUAUCUCUGUUGUACAUCUAUGUGUGUCCUCGGCUUUAAGCCCCUGUUCACCUGCUACUCUGUGUGUGCGUGUGUGUGUGCUCAAACUUGCAUGUAUGUAAGAAAACUUCUGUUCUUUUGUGCUCAACUUUGUGUUCUUACUGUAAAUUCUUCUGGCGGAAAUUGAUGGCAAUAUUAUGAUUUUUUUGUUGAGGAAAAAUGUGAAUGUAUCACUCUUGUAAGUUCUGUUCAUCCAUUUUAUGGAGGUAAUCGAAUUAUGUGGAGAAUAAAGUCAGUGUAUGUUAUCGUGAAGGGUCUGCCAGUCAUAGGAUGACUGAGCUGUAUGUUCAGAGGUCUGUAAGAGUGAAAAUAUGUGAAGAAAUAUGACGGAUAAUGUUAGAAACUGGAAAGGCAGGGAUUGCA